AUGGACGGCGGCGGCGCGAUCCUCGGCGUCGCUCGCUCCGAAGCCCCCAGCGCCGGCGACGCCGCCAUGCCGGACCAGUCGCAGAUGCAGGUCGACGGCCCCGUCGCGCUCAACCGAUCCGCCGAGCUCGACGCGAUGGACAUCGACGGCGCCCCAGCGCAGGCAACGCCGCCGACGUUGACGGACACCAUCGUGCAAGUGCAGAAGCAGCUGAAGCGGAAGAGGGCCUCCAACGGGCCCGCGAUUGCUGCCGCGGAGAAGGAGGCCCUCGUGGCCGGGUGCCGGCAGGAGCUGCAGGGCCUCUUCGAGUACUACAGGGAGGUCUCGGGCCACAGGAUGCAGCUCGACGGGGGCAACCUGUCGAGCAACGCGGUGAUUGGGUGCCUGCUGGAGGAGAGCGCCCUUGGGCUGACCAGGCUGGUGGACGAGGCGUUUGAGAAGCUCAGGGAGACCGAGGGUGUCUCGCUGGCUUCGGUCCGCAGCUCCGUGCUGCUCAUUGGGCAGCGGAUGAUGUACGGGCAGUCCAGCCCCGAUGCUGAUGUGCUGGAAGAUGAAUCGGAGAUGUCUCUUUGGUGCUGGGAGGUGAGAGAUCUCAAGUUAAUGCCUGUGAAAAUUCGUGGUUUCUUAAGUGGGCGAAGAACUGCCAGAAAGAAGAUCCACGAGAGGAUCAGCGCUAUCCAUUCAUCUUUGUCAGUCCUGGAAUCUCCAGGAGCUGAAGCUCAAGUAAAUGAGCUUAGAAAAGUAUCAAUAAAGCUAAGCAAAGCAUUGAACUUGGAAGGGAUCAGAUCAAUGGUGGAAAGGUUGACACAAAAGAACAACAUUCCACGGGUUGCCAAAGAUGUAGAAUCAACAGCUAACCAGUCAAUGCAAGAGAUGAGAGAAACUGAGGGAACUGCUGGCAGAAUAGAGACUCUACAUGGUUCUGAGUUGCCAAAUGGAAAUGCCUCUAUCACUGAGAAGGCAGUUCAGAAAAUGCAAAAACAACUUGAGAAGGAAGCAAAACGCCAGGAGAAAGAGGAACAUCAUAUAAUGAAGCAACAAAAGAAAAUGCAAGAAGAGGCACUGAGAGAACAGAAGAGAUGUGAAAAGGAAGAUGCUGAAGCGAAGAAACGCCAAAAGAAGCAGGAAGAAGAAGCACUGAAAGAACAGAAGCGCCGUGAAAAGGAAGAAGCUGAAUUAAGGAAACAACAAAAGAGGCAGCAAGAGGAAGCUGAGAAAGAACAGAAGCGUCUUGAGAAGGAAGCUGCACAGCUCAAGAAACAACAGGCCCUUCAGAAGCAAGCUUCUUUGAUGCAGCGCUUUUUCAAAAGUAAGGAUGGUGAAAAACAGGAUAAAUCUGGAGAGAAUAACACAGGUGCAUGCUCUGUUGAUCAAUGCACCACCAACAAGGAGCUGGUAUCAGCUGCUACAUCAAUAAUUGAUUCUUCCUUCUCUCUGAAAGAGAGGUGGACUUUGGAGUAUCUUCGGAGGUUGCAGAUCACUGGUUGGCAAAAGUUAUCAAGCUAUAACAGGUCCAGCAGAUGGGGUAUCAGACACAAACCUAAGAAGGAGGCAUUUAAAGCGCUCAAGCUUCAAAAAACCUCUGAUGACAUGCUUGAUGAAGUACUUUCUACUUCAAAUGAAGACACUUGCCACAACUCAAGUCAAGAAAAUGAAUCAGAUAAACUGGGAAAUGACAUUGAUAUGCUUCCAGCCAGUGAGAUGCAGUCUCAUGUCACCAAUAGUAAUAAUUCUCUGACAACUAGAUUGAUAAAGAGAAAGCUUCUGCAAUUUGCCAAAAGUAACAGACCGGCUUAUUAUGGCACUUGGAGGAAGCAAAGUGCUUUUGUUGGUCCAAAGUGCCCACUCAAGAUGGACCCUGAUCUUGAUUAUGAAAUUGAUAGUGAUGACGAAUGGGAGGAGGAGGAUCCUGGUGAGAGCCUUUCUGACUGUGAGAAGGACGCUGAUGAGGUUGUAGAGGAAGAUUCCAAGAUAACAGAUGAAGAAGAGGAAGAUAGUUUUGUCGUGCCUGAUGGUUACCUGUCAGAUAAUGAGGGCAUUCAAAUAGAAGGUUUAUUGGAUGAUGAUAAAGAUGAUGAGGCCAGUAGUUUGCCACCCAGCCAGUGUCCAGAAAUUGAGGAAUUCAGAACUUUGCUACGCCAGCAAAAAGUGCUAAACAAUUUGACUGAACAGGCUCUCCGUAAGAGUCAACCUCUUGUAAUAUCCAACUUAGCUCAUGAAAAGGCUGAACUAUUGACUGCACAAGAUCUCAUGGGAACUUCCAAGGUUGAGCAGCUUUGUCUGCAAGUUCUUUCAAUGCGUAUCUGUCCAGGGGGUGGAGUUGUCGAUGUACCAGUCAUUGACAGUUCUGCAAUUGCUGAAGAAACCAAUCAGUCGAAUGCGAAGAGUAGUCCUUCUGCUGCAUCCUCUAUACUGGAUACAGAUCUGCCAGAAAUUGUUGGGGUGAUACGGUCAAGUCGAGAUGGUAUCAACAAGCUGGUUGAGUCACUGCAUCAGAAAUUUCCAACUGUUGCAAAGAUUCAACUGAACCGCAAAGUGAGGGAGAUAUCUGACUUUGUUGAUAACCGCUGGCAGGUUAAGAAAGAGGUUCUUGACAAGCUUGGCUUAACUAACUCACCUGCAACAGCCAGUCCCAGUCUUCCCCAGAAGACUAAAGCAGCAGCCAAACUUCCCCAGAAGACCAAAGGAAUAGGCAUGUACUUCUCAAAGCGCUGUUUACCUCCAGAAGAGGCCAUCAAUGCCCUGGCAUCUUCACCUGAGCUGCGGUUGAAAUCAAAAACUGUUCAAGGCAACAAUGGUGCCGCUGGUGCUCCUCAAGUUGAUCUGUUUCCCUCUACAAAGUGA